UCCAGCAUUUUUUGGCAUUAGCUGUAGAGAACAUUCAGGGGCUCUGCAUACAUCUGCAAGCAAAGCUAGAGCAGCUGCUGUUGUGAUGUCACUGCAACCGUUGUCCUGGUGCACGGACCGUUGUCCUGGUGCAUGGAAUGUUGUCCUGGUGCACGGACCGUUGUCCUCAUGCAUGGAGUGUUGAGCUGGUGCACGGACCAUUGUCCUCGUGCACGGGAGCCUUCGUGUGCACAGCUUGUUUGGCGUGCUCGUUGCAGGAGGGUGCUCUUCAUCGAGGCACUCACCUCCAGCAGGCUGCACUUGGACACCAGGGGUGUCCUUUUCUCCCUCGGCGUGCACAGGCUGCGGAAUUCUUGCCCAGCAUGGCUAAAGUGUUCCGGCGAGUCUGUGCCGCCUUUUGCCGGGUUUUUCCUAUGGCCUGUGCUUUUGGUUCCCGCCCAGACAAACCCGGGCUGCUGACCCAUCUAGCAAGUAAAUAUGUGUUUAGAAACAGAAGAGGCCGUCCUUCGAGGAAACUACCUGGAGAUGACCCUCCUCAGGCUCCUUCUCUUCCUUCGCUUUAUGAGGAUCCAGAGGAGGAAGACAACAACGAAGCUCCACCUGUUGUUGGACCAGAGCCUGAACAUCCAAAAUCUACCAAUACAUGCUCUGGAACAAAAUCUUCCACUGCCCUGGAAGCCGCUGCACUGGAAGCCGCUGACAAAGACAACACUCCCACACCUGAGAUCUCCUACAAGAGCACUUCCAGCAGUUCCUCCAGCAGCACCAACUGGCAGCAAAAGAGGCCAGAGGAGGAUGGCCUGGAGAAACUGAGGAGCAUUGUGAGUGUGGGAGAUCCUAUGAAGAACUACACUGAAUGGGAAAAAAUUGCCAGUGGGGCUUUCGGAACGGUCUAUGCAGCGACCGAUGCUGCCACAGGAGGAGAGGUGGCCAUAAAGCAAGUGUAUCUCCAAAAACAGCUCAAAAAGGAACAAAUUGUCGAUGAGCUCAUUGUCAUGAGGGACAAUAAGCAUCCAAAUAUUGUUAACUAUUUAGACAGCUACCUGGUUGGAGAUAAACUGAUGAUAGUGAUGGAAUACCUAGACGGAGGCUCCUUAAGAUCUGUGGUUAAGGAAAUAAGCAUGAGUGAAGGACUGAUGGCAGCUGUCUCCCGGGAGUGCCUGCAAGCACUGACAUUCCUCCAUUGCCGUCAAGUGAUCCACAGGGAUCUCAAAGGCGAUAACGUUCUUCUUGGAAUGGAUGGAUCCGUCAAGUUGGCUGAUUUUGGUCUCGCUGCUCGCAUCACACCUGAGCAGAGCAAACGAAGCUCACUCGUUGGAACAGCACAUUGGAUGGCGUCCGAAUAUCUAAGUAAAGACGAAUAUGGAGCCAAAGUGGAUAUUUGGGCACUGGGCAUCACGGUGAUAGAAAUGCUGGAAGGAGAACCUCCUUAUUUUUGGGAGCCUCCUCACAGGGCCAUGCAGUUCAUCUUUUUGGAUGGGAUACCGGAGCUGCAAAACCACGAGAAACUGUCCCCUGCACUGCAGGACUUUCUGAGCCACUGCCUGCAGGCAGACGAGGACAGUCGAUGGUCUGCUGAGGAACUCCUG